AUGAGCUAACUAAAUAGUCCUCUUCCUUCUUCACCAAAAAGCAAUCGAGAUAGUUAAUCUCAAAAGUUUUAAAAACUAUUAUCUAAUAAACUGCAAGCAAAGUCCUUUUGUAAAGCAGACAUGUAUAAUAAUUUUAAAUUACCUAGUAGAAAUAGCGUCUUAGAAUAAAAUUAGAUUUAUUCUAAAUCUAAUCAAAAUACAUCAAUUAAUGAGGAAAUACAAAGUUCUCACUUAAUUAACACUUAUCAUACUUUGACUCCUUUAAAUGGUACACAAACUGCUCUUACCUCUUCAAAUUGGUUUGAUUCCAAAUUUUUUUACACUGAGCAUAGCCAAAAGAGUCUCUCUCAGCCUCAUAUAUAUCAUACAACAAAUAAGAGUUAAGAUAGAUUUAAACAAUAUGAUGUACCUUCAACACCAUAGAAUAAAAAUAAUAAUAAUUAAGAUGUUGUUUAGCAAUUAAAUCAAACUCCAAUUUAUAAGAGAAUGAGGUAGAUUCAAUAUACGGGGACAAAAACUUCUACAGCCUUUUAAACACCAAACCUUUCUCCUAAAAAGAGUAUCGAAUAUAAUAUUUAAUCAGCUAAAAUAAGCUCUAAGGUUAAUAACCAAGAUAUAUAAAAUUAAUAUCAAAAGCCUCCUUCCUCAAUUUAUCAUAAACAUUAAAACUCUUAUUUUUAAGCUUAGUAUCUUUCAAGAACAAAAGAUUAAAAGUUGUUGGAAUUAAUGGAGAAAUCUAAACUAAGUUAAAAUGAUCAGAUAAAAUAAAUGGAUAUCCCAUCUUAUUCUGAAUAUAUGUAAUUCAUGUCAAGACAGAAGGCUCUAAAUUCUUUAUUGUAGGAUUUAAUAAUACCUAAUACUCAAAAAUAAUAGAAUUUUUAAUAAUAAGCAAAAACCAAUUAGAGUCUUCAAAAUAUUUGCUAUCCUAAAAGUGUUAACUAAGUGAAGAAAAUUAAGCAAACUGAGUAAUCAUCAGAUUAUCAAAACUAAAAUGGCUUAAAACCAUAGUUUAAAACCAUGGAAAAAUUUAUUCCUUGCGAUUAAGUUAAUCAAGGUAUGUUUAAUUCUUAUCUAAAAAAUUUAUAGAAUAACUACAGUCUUAGUAUGUGUAAUAAUGCUGUCAAUAACAAUAAUAGCAACUUUAAUCAGUAAAACAAAAAUAUUUUUAUUAAAACUAAAUAAAACAAUAACUCUUUAUCUUCUUUGCCUAAUUAACUAUUAAAUCAAGACUAAACAAUCUAAAUCACAUAAACAAAGGAAGAUGCUAUCACAAAUAUAAAGUCUGAGAAGAUAAAUCAAUUUAAGCAUAAAAAUUAAAUGAUUAAGACCUAGAUAUUCUUUAAUCCAAAGAUUUUAUCUUAAGGUAACUAGUCUUCAAAAGUAUAGAGAAAAUCAAUAAAUAUUUAGAAAAAUGGAUUCAAAAAUAAUUAAAAUACUGCUUAAAAUGGAGGUAAAUAAGUAGCUUUUUAACUAAUUUUUAUUUUAUAAUAUUUUAAUAUUAAUUUAGAGUAGCAAUUAGACUCCUACAACUCAACUGGUUUUAUUUUAGACAGCUUUUAAAGUGAAGAAAAAUAAAAGGAGUUAAUAGAAAGAUAGCAAUAAAAAAUUAAAUGUAGUACUUUUAGUGCAAUAAACAGUCCUAAAGGAUCUCUAAACAACGAAGAAAAUAAAAUAUUUAUGCCCUAGAGCCCAAAAAAUCAAUAAAAUAUACAAGAAAUGAAACAAAAUAGCGAAUAAUAAAUAUCUGAAAUAAUAGUUGUUGACGAGUUGAACUUUACUUCUAAAUCAGUUUUACCAAAAGAUAACUAAAAUUAAAUUUAAUCCAAAUAAAGUGUAGAAAUAAGAAAUAAAAUUGAUGAGAUAGAUGUUUCAAUUACCAAAAUAAUUGAUUAUAUAAAAGAACUGAAAGCUCUCUAUAACUCUAACAUUUAAUUCAGUAAUAUAAUUCAGAAAAUUCCUGGAUACAAUGACCUUUUGCGCUCAUUUAUUCAAAAAGAUAACAAUAAUUCAUCUAUUUAAGUUUAAACUUCUCUUUCACUAACAAACUCUAAAGCAGCAAUCUUAAACUAUUUGAUUGAUUAAUAAAUUUUAAAGGACAAUCCAAAAAUACCAGAAAUUAACAACAUUCCUGAAAGCUAAAAACUCAGUAACCAAGCUGUUGCAGCUAUAGAUCAGUAUUUCAUUCAAAUCCCUCUUGAAAUUUUAGAUGAAAUUUAAAAGUAGAUUCUUUACUUUAGCAGGAACAUAUUUUCUCAUGUCUAACUGAAAAGGGAAGAACAUCAAAAAAAAUAAGUUGAUGAUAUUAAAAUAUAAAUAAUGUAAAUUUCUUAAAAGACUUAAUAAUAGUUUAGUACAUUGACAACUUAAGUACCAACUAAAUAUCAGAACAUUGCAAAUCUCUAAAACAUGCAGGAUAAUAUCUAGCACAUUAUCGAUAGAAAAAAGUACAUCAAACAAUAACCAUUUAUAGAAAAAUUUGAAAAUAAAGAAGAGUAAUUAGGAUAAUUCAAAAAAGUUAGUGAAGUUAGCAGAAAUAAAUCUAAGCACUUAAAUGAGCUCAAUGAUAUUUUAAGAAACUUCCAUAAGUUUACUUGA